ACCAUCACCGAGAUAUGUCAUCGAUGGACACCUCUUUCUUCCGCAGCCCGAGCAUAAAAAGGGUGCAUCUUUCCCGUCCAUCGGACAUCAAGGAUAUGCUUCCACCCUCUGGAUGACUCCGAUCGUACAUUUCAUCGUACAAACAACACAUUCCUUCCUGAGCAAUCAGCCCUAAACACAAUAUGACCAACUCGUCCUCCGCCUAUUCACACCGUCAGUCUGCCUGUCUCGGGUCCGAGCGUAUAAUUGAUGACUGACGUCAGAUCCGUAGCCAAGGGAAGCAGCUCCAAAGCCAAGUCCAAAGACAAGCGCAAGGAGAAGUCGGUCAAAAAGGAGAGCUCGAGCGAAGAAGACAAAACCAAAACGACCUUCAGCUGCGACCCGUACGCUAAGUCUCUCAGCAACCUCGCAGGACUGGAGAGAUACAUGCAGGAGCCCGCCUAUGAGUCUGCUUGGAACCCUGUGGGAGCGACUUCUGGAGGGGAAUAAUGAGAAGAAUAGCAGAGGGGCGAGGGCGAACGAUCGCCCAGAUAAGGUAGACAAUGUGGCAUGGAAGGCUCAUUGGAUGGACGGCGUGGGGCGGCGGCGUGCGGUCUCUGACCGCGGCACUCGGGUGUUGUCCGUUUGUGCCGGAAUUUCAGUCAUUGAUGGCCUCAAU